UUGUCUUUGUCUUUCGUUUCAUCAUGGAUCCGUUCAAGUUCAACGGCAUUGUGAAAGAGGAGGAAUUCGAGUACUUCGCCGGCGCCGCACCAGAUGGCUAUCCGCCAUCCUCUUGGGCCGCUGCGGAUGGCUAUCCGCCGUCCUCUUGGGCUGCCGCCGGCGCCGCAGCGGAUGGCUCCCUGUGCGACGGCGCUGGCGCCGCAGCGGAGCUGCCCCGGCCGAUGGACGGCCUCGGCGAGGCCGGCCCGACGCCGUUCCUGAACAAGACGUACGAGGUGGUGGACGACCACAGCACGGACACCGUCGUCUCCUGGGGCAUCGCCGGGAACAGCUUCGUGGUGUGGAACGCACACGCCUUCUCCACUGUGAUCCUCCCGCGCUACUUUAAGCACAGCAACUUCUCCAGCUUCGUCCGCCAGCUCAACACCUAUGGGUUCAGGAAGGUUGAUCCGGACAGGUGGGAGUUCGCGGCGGAGGGGUUCCUGCGGGGGCAGAAGGAGCUGCUGAAGACGAUCAGGCGGCGGCGUCCGCAGUCGACCACGCCGCCCACGCAGCAGCAGCAAGAGGGGCAGCUCGGGCACGAGGGCGAGGUGCACCAUCUGCAGCGCGACAAGGGCAUCCUGAUCGCGGAGGUUGCGAAGCUGCGGCAGGAGCAGGAGGCGACGCGGGAGCUGAUGGGGGCCAUGGAGGCGCACAUCACCUCCACGGAGCAGAACCAACAGCAGAUGACGGUGUUCCUGGUCCGUGCAAUGAACAGCCAGAGCUUCCUGCAGCUGCUUGUGGACCGGCAGGCGCGGCGGAAGGAGCUCCAGGACGUGCUCUCCAAGAAGCGCCGCCGCCCGCAAAUCGAAUACCUCCUCCAAUGCAACGGCGAGACCAACAGCAGCGCCAGCUACAGCCCGGCAGCGGUGCAUGGCUGCAGCCCCGGGCUCGCGGACGGCGUCGUGAGAGCGGACGGAGGCGAGAGAGAGGGCACGGACGGCCGCGGCGGCGGCGAAGACACGGAGAGCUUCUGGAUGGAGCUGCUCAGCAUGGGCCUGGAGGAGAAGCAUAGAGAAGCAGUGGGCGGAGGAGACGCCGAGGUGGACGACGACGUGGACGAUGAGGUGGACGAGCUGCUGCGGAGCCUGUACCAUCUCAACCAGAAUCGGACCCAUGAAAUGCAUCCAAGCACGGCAAUUAUAUUUAUUUAAGCACAAAGCAGUCAUUGUGAUUUCAUCUUUUUAGUC